AUGAGAUUCUUCAUCAUCCUUCUCUUGGCUCUUUUGGCUGUCACUGCCCUUGGUAAGCUUCAAAAUGAUUUUUCUAUAAAUAAAACUUUACUGUGUAAAAUACGUCGUCGAUAAAAGCGAGCGCAAAAACUAUCAUAGACAGUGAAACUUAAGACAAUAUUUAUAAUAUUUUCAACAAAUCAGGAUAUACACCAUGACCCUUUAGGAGCCGCUCACAAGAAACCAGUCCACAAGAAGCCAGCCCACCAUCCCACAGUUCACAAAGCUCCAGCUCAUCAACCUCCAGCCCACAAAGCUCCAGCUCACAAAGCCCCAGCUAAAGCCGGUACUAAAGCUCCAUCUGCAACUGGUGCCACUUUAGCUGCCAAGACAACUGGUGCUGCUGCGGCCGCUACUACCGCUAAGGCUUCUUAA